AUGACCGAUGAUGUCGGCACCACCACGGUGCAGGCGCAGGGACAGCGAGCGUCAGUGGCUGUGCGGGUGCGGCCAUUGAGCGAGAAGGAGAUCAAAGAAGGUGGCGUGGAGUGCGUGGAGGUCGCCAAAGACAACACCGUGACGCUCCACCAAGAAAACCAGCCUCCGAAUGUCUUUGCUUUCGACAAUGUCUUUGGCAAGGACUCGACGCAGCCGGAGGUCUUCGAAAUGUUGGGGAACCCCUUAUUGGACAAAGCCUUCGAAGGCUACAAUGCCACCAUCUUCGCGUAUGGUCAGACAGGAUCAGGCAAGACUCACACAAUGAUGGCUGAUCGCAAGUCCGACGAUCGUGGUUUGGUUCCCCGGAUCUCGGACAACUUGUUUCAGCGCGUCUCCAAGCUCUCCUCGGAGACCCGGAAGUUCCUGAUCUGCUGCUCCUUCUUAGAGAUCUACAACGAGAUCGUCUACGACCUCCUGGUUCCGAGAGGGAAAAACACGCCGAAGACAGGCUUGGAGAUCCGCGAAGGCAAAGGCAUCGGAGUGUACGUCAAGGACCUGCAAGAGAUCGUGGUGGAUUCGUCCGAAAAGGUCUUGAAACUCAUCGACCAAGGAUUCGAGCACCGGGCGACAGCUGCCACUCAGAUGAAUGCUACCAGCAGCCGCUCGCACUGCCUCUUCAUCAUCAAGAUGCAUCAGAAGGACGAGCAGAAUGCCGGCAACAACAAUUUCUCGAAGAUGAACCUCGUGGACCUGGCAGGCAGUGAGCGAGCCUCCCGAACAGGUGCACAGGGAGACACCCUGAAAGAGGGGGCCAACAUCAACAAAAGCUUGUCUGCCCUUGGAAACGUGAUCAACGCUUUGAGCACCAUGGCCUCCGGGAGCAAGAAAGUCUUUAUCCCCUACAGAAACUCCAAGCUGACGCGGGUGCUCCAGGAGUCCCUGGGUGGCAACGCGCUCACGACGAUGAUGGCCGCCUUGUCGCCGUCGAGGACGAAUGCCGACGAGAGCCUCUCGACACUGAACUAUGCCAAGCGUGCAAAGACCAUCAAGGUGAAUGCCACAAAGAACGACGAGGCAGAGCAGAUUGCGAAGCUCGAAGAGGAGGUGGAGGCCCUGCGCUUGAAGCUGGCGGAGCAGGCCUCGGGCCUCGCUGACACCAGUCGCUACGAGACGCAGCUGCAGGAGAUGGAAUCCUUCAUGAAGCAGACCUGGGAGGACAAGGAGCGGCAGAGUUUGGAGCACGAGGAGGAGCGGAAGCGCCUGGAACAGGAGGCCCAGCGGACGGUGGAGCGCCUCCACGAGGAGCGGAAGCGGCGCCUGCGGCUCCUGGAGGAGAAGGGCGACCUGGAGCUGACGGUGCAGGAGCUGAAGCAACUCCAAGGCGGCGAGCGCUGGACGCCCUGCACCUCCAGCUGGCCCUCUCAGAUCUCGCGGUUGUUGUCGCUGGAGAGCCGCGUCACUGCACAGUGCCGAGCCGCCUGCUUGUUGAAAGAAGCGGUGGCAAACGACGUGGAACACUGGUGCGAGAAGCGCCGGCAGGUGCAGGAAGGGGGCAAGGAGGAAGACGGCGGUGCGGGGCUCCGAAUGCUUCUGCAGCAGGCCGAGCGGAAGGUGGGCACCAUGAUGCGCGAGUUUGAGUCACUGGCUAAGCACGAGCAGGAGCUCGCCGCAGAGGUGGCACUCUGGAUGCCUCAGGUGCAGAGGGUGGUCUCCGGGAUCGCGGAGAAGAGCGGCGAGGAGCCCCCCGGCGGGCCCGGCGGGAGCGCAGGCAGCGGGGAGGUCUCCGAGGAUUUCGAGGAGGUCCUCAGCCUCGUCCUCCGCCAGCUGGACGGGCGGCGCAGGAAGGUCUGGGGCCAGAUCGCGGAGGAUCACAAAGCGCUCGGCGACUUCGUUGGCCAGUUUCAGGCUUUGGUGGACUGCAGCCGUGCCCUAGGUGCCGAUGUGGAGGAGCUGGAAGAGCAGACCAGGCUCGAGCUUGAAGUUGGAGGCUCUUCAGGUUCACGCGCACGACUUCCCCUCCACGGCGAAGAGGUUUCGGCUGCACUGUCUGUGCCUCUGGGCCUCGCCGCGGAGGAGUUGUCGGACUCCAGCAUUUCCGCCAGCUCCAACCAACAGGCCUGCACGUCUGUCCGACUCUUCAGUGGGGUGAACCGCAUGAAGUGCGCUUUCAAUGGCUGGAGUCCGGUGGAAGAUGCCACCUCGGAGUACCUGCAGGUGGAUCUGGGCAAGCCGACCUGGGUCAGCAGCUUGGCCCUGCAAGGCCGAAGGCCGCUGAGUGGCGACUGGGAGGCCACCAGGCCCCUGCUGGCAGAGCUCCUGGAUCCCGGCGAUCCGCUGCCUCCCAGCCGGAUCUUCAAGCGCCCGCCCGUGCGCCUGAUCCACGACAUCGUCGUGGCGGCCCAUGUCCGGCACCAGGCGCUGGCGGCUGGGAAGCCGGACUUUAACCCCGAGCAGCUGGACUACAAGCAGCUUCAGAAUGCCGACCGUCAAGCGAAGGUCGACUUUUUCGAACUGCUGCUAGCAAAGGCGGGGCAUGCCGUGAAGGCUGCGGGACUGCAAGACAAGGUUCCUCCAUUGAAAGUGAGCCCUUCGGACAUCCUGGGCGGCAAGAACACAGUCGAGAGCAAUCGGCUCUUACAGCUGCUCUGCUACCUCGGCCUGAGGAAGAAGCUGGAGGGAUCCUCUUACGGAGGGUUGCUGGAUGUUUCUGACCAGUGGGCAACAAAGUUCACGGUAUCCUGGAGCGAGAAGGGUCAAGAAUGGGCGCCACUGACAACACCCAAUGAAAACAAAGCCUUCGUCUUUGAGGGUUGCAGCGAUGCAGAGACCGUCCGCUUCUUGCCACUGGGCAUUGCGCAGCCGCCGCGGGCCGUGCGAUACUUGAGGAUUUUUCCUGAAGAGUGGCACAGCCAUCCGUCCUUUCGCCUGGAGGUGUUCGGCUGGGCCGAUGGGAAGAUCAAGGUGGAGACACCCAUCCCGUCCUCCCUGCGAGAGGCCGCUUGUCGCCUGGACGUUGUCCGCCGCCGGGCCCAGCUGCUGCAGCGCUGCCUCGCCCUGGCCAGUGCCACCACGGCCGAGCGCUGGCGCGAGGUGCAGCGUGCGGAGGAGGAGAAGGCCAUGCAGGCCAUGCAGGAGCGGACACAGGUGGAGCAGCAACUCCAGGAGACGUUGGCACAGCUGGAGGAGUUGCGCAAGGCGUACAACCUGCUCCAGGAUCAGGCUGCUGAGAGCGAGCAGAAGCUGGCUGACGCCGAAGCGGAGCAGCUUCGCCUGGGCGUGGAACAGGACAGCGCCAACUCCCAAGUGCAAUCUCUCGAGGAGAAGUUGGCUCAGACCUUGGAGGAGACUUCAAGGGAAAGAGACAAGGUCCGAGACCUGGAGGCCAAGGCCGAGGAGAUGAAGAGCAGCAACGAGGACCUGCAGCAGCAGAUCGGGGUGGUCACGGAGGAGCGCGACUUGGCCAGAGCAAAGGAAGAGAUGCUCUUCGACACGCUGGCUGCCAAGGAGGAGGAGCUUUUGAACACCAACGAAGGCUACUGCUACCUGACGGACCAGCUCAACGAGCUCAAGGACGAAUACGCAGAGAAGGUGGACGAAUGCGAUCGGACCAUCGAGAGCCUGCAUGAGCAGAACAAGAAGUUGCUCGACGACGAUCUCAAGCUGCGGCAAGAGUUGGGAGACUCCAAGCGGCGCAACGCCGAGCUCGAGAAGGCGUGGCAAAGCGAAACGAGCGGAGAGCGGGUGAGCCUCGAGGUCAUCCUCCUCCUUAGCCCCUGUCCACGAGCUGCAGCGAUCUUGCCCUUCGUGUGGCCAAGCAAAAAGGACAAGGUCGACGUCCCUUUCGGAUUUUGA